AUGAAGAAAAUGGAAGAUGAAGCUAGAGAGCAACCGGCAGACGGGGAAACCUCCGAUAGAAAUUAUUGCGCAAUUGCAGCUGUUCAGAAUGUAGUUGGAAUUGAUGGUCGUGCAAAACAAAUCACCGACUUACUGGAAAUGAAAGUCAAUGAUGAGGUGCGCAUUAUUGGAAUCUUUGGAAUUGAUGGAAUUGGCAAGACGACUCUUGCCAAGGCUGUAUACGACCAGAUCUCUUCUUGUUUCGACGGUUGUAGCUUUCUCGCAGAGGUCGACGAAACCACCCAAAAUUCUCGUGGUAUUCAGUUUUUGCAAAAUAAGUUGAUACGUGAUAUCCUUGAACGAGAUUGUGAAGAUCUUUCUUUCGAUGAAACAAUAGAGGAUUUUGUGGAUAUAUUUCGUGAAAUGAAAGUUCUAAUAGUUGUCGAUGCCGUGGAAAAGCCAUCCGAUCUUCAUGCUAUUGUAGGAGACCAGCUUCAUUGGUUCGGUCCAGGUAGUCGAGUAAUUCUGACUUCUCAAAAUGAGGAAAUUCUCGAAGGGUAUGAUUCGGACAAGGCUCCCACCUACAUGGUUAGUGAGUUGGAUGAUGGUCAAUCUUUUGAACUUUUCUGGAAGCAUGCAUUCAGGAUGCAAUCUUCCAUACCUGAUUAUGAUGGACUCUCAAGCCGCAUUGUCAAUGCUACAAAGAAACUACCAUUAGCAGUCGAAGUCGUCGGUUCAUUUUUGCGGGGUAAAUCAAUACAAGAAUGGGAAAAGAUGGAGAAGUCGAUGACAGCACGUCCGAUGAGUUCUCAAAAGACUACGGUUGGCCUUCAAGAGCUAUUGGAUAUAUGUUACGGAGAACUAGAUCAUCGGCAAAAAGAUAUAUUUCUGGACAUAGCAUGUUUUAUCUCAGGUGUGGAUGCCCGAAUUGCUUCAUAUCUGUGGCCCAAUUGUUAUCCAUCCUCUGGUUGCAUUCUGAUGCCCCUGGCAAAAAUUGGAGAAAACAAUGAAUUGCAGAUGCACGGAUUGCUGAGACGCCUUGGCAAAAGAAUUUUUGAGCAAGAGGGAUCUGGAGAUCCAAUUGGGAGAAAAUUUUACAUACAGGAGAAGGGAAAGGAAAACGUUGAAGCUCUCCCCAUUGACUUCACAGCUGAAUAUUUUGAGAUGAUGCCAGAACUACGGUUUCUCAAGUUGGAUAAUGCCAAAGUUUCCGGAAACUUUGAAGGUGCAUUUGCUAGUUUAAGGUGGCUCUGUUGGCAAAGGUGUCCUCUGGAUUUUAGUGCAGAAAAUUUUUUUGUUAACAGAGUUGGUCAUUCUUGAUCUAUCUUGGAGCAAAGUCACAGGAGAUUGGGGAGGUUGGGCUGAAAUCAAGGUCGUUUAGUAUUUGGUUGUUUUAUGUUUGCUUUCUUGAAUUAUAUAUCUGGGAAUUGACCAUGUGUGGGUUUUCUGUUUUGGAUUUGCAGAUGGUGAAAUUGAAAGUUUUGAAUCUUACAGGUUGUUCUAACUUACUGAUCACUCCCGACUUCUCCGAUUACAAAGAUUUGGAAAUCCUCAUUCUUGAACGAUGUUCUCGUUUGGUGAAGCUACAUCCUUCGAUUGGCCAUUUGAAACGUUUAGUGUCCCUGAAUUUGAAGUUUUGCUCCCUGAUU